CAUCCAUUUCUCAGUUUUCCGCAAAAAGUCUCCUUCAAAGACUCCGCCAACAAUUGUUCUUCCCCUGUAUUCGAGCGAAAUCCCCGUUUUAUCUCUCACUUGUUUUGGAUAGAUACUCGGUUCUUGUACAGCUUCGAAUCUUGUUUUCGAUAAUCGAGCUGUGCGUAAUUAUCGCGUGUUUUCAGCCGGUUCUUGCUCCCGGUUCUCAGAUUUUUGGGGCUGAUUUGUGGGAAACGUUUUGAGUUUUUAUAACCUUUGGGGGGAAACUAUGGAGGUUUCUGUGAUUGGAAGCUCUCAAGCCAAGAUUUUGAAGACGGGUUUGGCGUGCAGAGAGCCCGGGUUGUUGAGCUUCAAGAACGGGAACGACGUUUUCUGGAGGAAGUCUAAGGUUUCGUUCGGUCAGAGCUCUGGAUUGAGGAAUUCUGGGGUGAGAUUGACGUUGAAAGCUGUGCAAACUGAAGCAAUCGAGCCCCAGAAGAUUUCAAGACCUCAAUCUCGAGGUGGUGUGAGGUUAUAUGUGGGCUUGCCAUUGGAUGUGGUUUCCAAUUCCAACGUGGUGAACCAUGCAAGAGCGAUAGCAGUGGGCUUGAAAGCGCUGAAACUUCUAGGUGUCGAAGGUGUGGAGCUCCCGAUCUGGUGGGGCGUCGUCGAGAAGGAAGCCAUGGGCAAGUAUGAUUGGUCUGGCUAUCUUGCUGUGGUAGAGAUGGUCCAUAAAGUGGGUCUUAAACUUCAUGUGUCGCUCUGCUUCCACGGAUCUAAACAUGCGAAGAUACCCCUUCCUGAGUGGGUGAGGAAAAUAGGAGAACACAACCCCAGCAUUUUCUUCACAGAUCACACUGGUCAGCAAUACAAAGAGUGCCUAUCACUAGCAGUUGAUGAAGUCCCAGUUCUAGAGGGGAAAACACCGGUUCAAGUCUACAACGACUUCUGUGAAAGCUUCAAGUUGUCGUUUUCUUCGUUCAUUGGCUCCACAAUCAAUGGCAUCUCGAUGGGUCUCGGACCGGACGGCGACCUCAGAUAUCCUUCUCACCAGGGCAUCUCCAGAAGGAGCAAGGUCCCUGGAGUGGGAGAAUUUCAGUGCUAUGACAAAAGCAUGCUUGCGCUUCUCAAGGAACAUGGGGAAACAACCGGAAAUCCCUUGUGGGCACUCGGUGGACCCCAUGAUGCCCCUGCUUACGAUGCGUCUCCGAGCUCAAACGGUUUUUUCAAGGAUCAUGGAGGGUCGUGGGAAUCUCCGUAUGGUGACUUUUUCCUUUCCUGGUACUCAAGCCUGUUAGUUCGUCACGCAGACCGCCUUCUCUCACUUGCAUCUUCAGCUUUCGGGGAUUCAGAGGUAGCAAUCAGCGGUAAAGUUCCAUUGGUGCACCAGUGGUACAAGACUCGGUCCCACCCUGCCGAGUUAACGGCCGGGUUCUACAACACGCAAAAUAGAGAUGGUUACGAAGCGAUCGCCAAGAUGUUUGCACGGCAUUCUUGCAAGAUGAUCUUGCCAGGAAUGGACCUUACAGAUGAAGGCCGGCUACAGGAGGGCCUCUCGAGUCCGGAGCUAUUGCUAGGACAAAUAUUGUCGGCUUGCAAAAAGCACGGGGUCGAGGUUUCUGGAGAGAACUCAUCAGACACUGUUGCUUGUGGGGGAUUUGAGCAGAUUAGGAAGCAUUUGUUGGCUGAAGAUGCGGCGCACUCGUUCUUUUACCAAAGAAUGGGGGCGUAUUUUUUCUCGCCCGAGCAUUUUCCCUUGUUUACUCAAUUUGUUCGGAGCAUGAAACAGCCGCAGAUGCACACCGAUGAUCUCCCGAUUGUGGAGGAAGAAGCCGAGGAGCCCAUGGCUGUGACAUCUGAAUCAGGAAUCCAGAUGCAAACAGCUUAGAGUUAGUCUUUCUUGAAAGUAUAGCAAUGUGCAUCCAGCUAGAGAAAAUGUACAGA